ACCAGUUUCUGUGCGGCUUGGCUGUGAUGAUCAUCCUCUCACCCAAUGGGGGUCAUUCAGAUGGGAUGCCAGCAUGCGGCAGAAUGAUGAGAGGCCAAGAUCCAGAAAACUGGCCGUGGAGGGCCGUUGUCGCCAAUCAUGAGGGUGACAAAUGUCUCGCGAUCCUAAUUUCCAAGACACAUGUCAUUACAGGCAAGGACUGCGGUUCUGGAGCACAUGAUGGACAAGUUUAUGUGGGAAAAAGGAGCAACGAGUCAGAACCAUUAGAGGUUGCAUCCGUCCAUUGCAGUCCUCACGGACACAAUGUAUGUCUCCUGGAGCUGUCAGAACCUGUUAACUUCACAGAGUCCGUGUCCCCGAUCUGCUUGCCAGCAGAGGGCAGCACUUUCAAGGACCGAAUGGACAGCUUCAUCAUUGGCUCACCUGUCGAAGAAAAGGAAGAGGUACCGUAUGUUGGAUACAGUCGGUGUAAAUGUUAUCAUCAUGAUCUCUCAGAGGGUACGAUCUGUGCUGGACGUGGAAUGCGUCAUGGCAUGAUGGAGCGAUGUAAGCAUGAUGAUUCAGCAGGUGUGCUGAUGAUCGUCAAAAACGAAACCUGGAUUCUGAUCGGAGUUUCAUCAUCAGAUCAAAACUGCGAUGACUCUGAAGGUCCUAAACUCUUCAGCGGGCUGUCGAAGUACCAAGAAUGGAUCGAGAAAGCCACUGACAUAGGCGAACAAAGCUUUGUUGAAGGUGAGGCCCCAGAAGAAGAAGAAGAAGACUUCGAAUGUCCAACACCUGAACCCACCCAUCCACCUCCCGAGUGUCCACAUUACCCCAGUUGUCCACCUCCCGAGUGUCGAAAGCCCAACUGGUGUCCACAUCCCCCCAGGUGUCCAUAUGCAGCACCAGAGGAUUGCAGGGAUGAAAGUGUAUUUGGAAGUGGUGUAAGCAUGAUGCCCUCUUCCCCCUUCAUCUUACUCUGUGUUUUGGCUCUUUCACUCUACUCCACUAAUUGGUAACGGAUAAAUAAAAGCGUGAGAGCACUCAGCUUUAAGUUCUUAGUGUGUAACUCACGGGGUUUCAUUAAGCACAUUCUCAUUUUUAUGUGGUAAAAAGGAAAGUAAAAUGAAUAAACCAGAUCACUGGGAUAAUCAAUAUAUCAAAUCAACCAUGUGCAUCUUUGAAUAAACUAUAAUUUCACAUGUUGCUUGAUACUAUAAUCUUCCUGACAUCUUUGGUGCAAGGUCUUCAGCAUGGGUGGAGGUCAUAUAUGUGUCAUUAUGCACUAAAAGAUAACGUCAUCUAUGAAAUGUUAGAGGCCUGUCAGAGCACUGGAAACCAAAUGUUGGCCUUCUCAUUAAAUAUACUGUUGAUUUCUCAGAGUUUGUAUUGUUUGUAUGUGUAUUUUAUUUUGAAAGUUGAUCACAUGGUCAGGUUUUGUGUAAAAUUCACAUAAAUGAAAUAAACUCCCAUGUACCCUGAUAUUAAGCUUGUAUUGUUUGGUGAAGAGAUGCUGAUUCCUGAUAGAUGUGAUUUAUGAUGGUAUCAUACAAUGAAAGAGGAUAUUUUUUCUUGACCUUAUUGUGGAUUACAGGCAAUAAAAAAUGUAAAC